AAGGUCGUGAUGCUAGGUGAUACAAACACGGGAAAAACAUGUCUCGUACUAAGAUUUGCCGAAGGCUACUACAGAGAAGAGGGUCGUUCGAGCACCAUCGGGGCUUUCUUCCUUACCAAACGACUUACAGUAAAUAGCAUAACUUGCAAAAUGCUAUUGUGGGAUACGGCGGGAAAGGAGCAGUUCCACAAACUAGCCCAAACCUAUUACAAAAAUGCAGCCGCCGCAGUAUUGUGCUACGAUAUCAGUAAUCCGUGUUCGCUGGUGCGACUGCGUGGCUGGUUGAAGGAAGUGCAGGAGAGUACUGGACAAAUAGUGUUGGCAAUUGCAGCAUGCAAAGGAGAUUUAGAACCUGUUCCUGGUUUACCGGAAGAGGCUCAGAGCUUGGCGGAUAGCGUUGGUGCCCUGUAUGUUCAUACAUCCGCGAAAGAUAACGAAGGCGUCUCGGAACUAUUUCAGUUAACGGCGGAGCGUGUA